AACCAGGAACAAAACGUUUUCAGAGAAGAUUGGUGAUUGUGGGAGACUCGCUGCUCAUGAGAGAAGGAUGCUACAGCUGAGUCUGUCCUGCCUGGGAAUGGGGCCCCUGACUGCCUCUCCGUGGCAUCUGCUGCUGCUAGGAGGGGCCUCUUGGAUUCUAGCCCGAAUUCUGGCCCGGAUCUAUGCCUACUAUGACAACUGCAGCCGCCUUCGUUGCUUCCCUCAGCCCCCUAAACCAAGCUGGUUCUGGGGUCACUUGGCCUUGGUAACUCCUACGGAGCAGGGCAUGAAGGAAUUGACUCAGUUAGUGGGUACCUACCCACAAGGCUUUAUGAUGUGGAUUGGGCCAAUGGUCCCCGUUAUUACUCUGUGCCAUCCUGACAUCGUUCGAUCUAUCCUCAACGCCUCAGCUGCUGUUGCACUCAAGGAUGUGAUAUUCUACAGCAUCCUAAAGCCUUGGCUUGGGGAUGGGCUCCUGAUAAGUGCUGGGGACAAGUGGAGCCGCCACCGUCGCAUGCUGACACCCGCCUUCCAUUUCAACAUCCUGAAACCCUAUGUGAAGAUUUUCAAUGACAGCACCAACAUCAUGCAUGCCAAGUGGCAACGGUUGAUUUCAGAAGGCAAUGCCCGUCUGGACAUGUUUGAGCAUGUCAGCCUCAUGACUCUGGACAGUCUGCAGAAAUGUGUUUUCAGCUUUGACAGCAACUGUCAGGAGAAGUCCAGUGAAUAUAUUGCUGCCAUCCUGGAGCUCAGUGCCCUAGUGGCCAAAAGGCACCAGCAGCCUUUGAUGUACAUGGACCUGCUGUAUAACCUCACCCCUGAUGGGAUGCGCUUCCAUAAGGCCUGCAACCUGGUGCAUGAGUUCACCGAUGCCGUCAUCCGGGAGCGGCGCCGCACCCUCCCAGAUCAGGGUUUGGAUGACUUCCUUAAGUCUAAGGCCAAAGCCAAGACUUUGGAUUUCAUUGAUGUGCUGCUGCUGAGCAAGGAUGAAGAUGGAAAGGAGCUGUCGGAUGAGGACAUCAGAGCAGAAGCUGACACCUUCAUGUUUGAGGGCCAUGACACCACAGCCAGUGGGCUCUCCUGGAUUCUGUACAACCUGGCGAGGCACCCAGAAUACCAGGAGCGCUGCCGGCAGGAGGUGCAGGAGCUCCUGAGGGACCGUGAGCCUGAGGAGAUUGAAUGGGACGACCUGGCCCAGCUGCCCUUCCUGACCAUGUGCAUCAAGGAGAGUCUGCGGCUGCACCCCCCAGUCACGGUCAUCUCCCGAUGCUGCACCCAGGACAUUGUGCUCCCAGACGGCCGGACCAUUCCCAAAGGUAUCAUCUGCCUCAUCAGCAUCUUUGGAAUUCAUCACAACCCGUCUGUGUGGUCAGACCCUGAGGUCUAUGACCCCUUCCGCUUUGACCCAGAAAGAAUUAAAGACAGCUCACCUCUGGCAUUUAUUCCCUUCUCGGCGGGGCCCAGGAACUGCAUAGGUCAGACUUUCGCCAUGAGCGAGAUGAAGGUGGCACUGGCCCUGACACUGCUGCGCUUCCGCGUCCUGCCAGAUGACAAGGAGCCGCGCAGGCAGCCAGAGCUGAUCCUGCGCGCAGAAGGCGGGCUGUGGCUGCGGGUGGAGCCGCUGAGCGCGGGCGCGCAGUGACCUCACACUGCCUGGGAACUUGA